AACUGACACAGGAUUGCGCUGGCAAUGUACAGAGAAAACAACAUUUAGAUAAGAGGACAGAUGAAAUAUCUUCCAGUCCAAUCGUUUCUGCUGUAACAGACAAAGUAAUCAGAAAAUAAUGACAAUUUUUUAAAGAGAGCAGCACCGAAGAAAGAAAAAUAACCACUGAAGACUGGAGAAGAAUGGAUGAGAUAAUUGAUAUUUCAGAGGGUCACGGGAUUAAUCUUUCUGACUGUCCUAAACUGAGAUUGGUCCUGGUUGGAGUGACAGAAGCUGGGAAAAGUGCUGUUGGUAAUGCCAUUCUGGGCAAGAAAGCCUUUGAUGAGGUUGGGGUAAAGACUCGAAUGAGUUUCCCAUGUCAAGGUCUGGUGAAAGGACAGCAGGUGCUUGUGGUUGACACCCCAGGUUGGGAAUGGUUCAACAUCAAUGGCUCCUCUGCAUCAGUAUGGCCAGUGAAGAAGGAGAUAAUGAGGAGUAUGAGUCUGUGCCAGCCUGGUGCCCAUGCCCUGCUGCUGGUGGUACCACUGUCAUUCUCGUUCUCCCAGCGUGAGCGCCGUGCUGUGGAGGAACAUGUUGAGCUGUUUGGUCCAGAAGCCUGGAGUUACAGUUUGGUGCUCUUCACAAUCUUAGACAGAAAACAGUUACGUGGUUCCACCCUAAAGCAAGAAGUGAAGUUGAACGUGGAGCUAAACAGGCUGGUUGAGAAUUGUGGAGGGCGUUUUCAUGCUCUGUACAGCAAUCCCAAAGCAGGUGAGGACCAGGUGGCUGAACUUCUGGUCAAAAUCACGAAAAUGAUGGCUACGAAUGGAGAGACAAUGCUCUACAGUGAGAAGGUGUUGGAACAGGCCAGAGAAAUGGAGAAAGAAGUGGAGCAAAGAUUGGAGGAAGAGCGAAAGAAGAGGGAAGAGAACAUACAGAAAGUGAGAGAGGCACUGAAGGCAAAGGAGUUAAGAAGGUCGAGGAGGAGAACAGACCAACAGAUAUUGGACAAGGAGGAACAGGAAGACUCAGCUAGAGACAAUCCGUCUAUCAGUGACAAAAUUAGCUUUCUUCAGAGCUGUAAACAACAGUGAACGAUGGAAAGGACCUCAGGAUAAAAGUCAUAUCCACUCCCGAAGCUUCCACAACUCACCACUAGAAGCCAGGCCAUCAUCACUUCUCAUCUGCAGUAGCCUACCUGAUCCAGACAGCACAGAGUGUUAACCUGUAACAUCCAAAGCUACUUACAAAUGAAGAACACAAACAGUCUUAGGCCUUUUUUUUUUUUUUUUUUUUUUUUUUUAAAACAUGAUUAUUGUUAAUUGUUUACAUGAUUAAAGCUCAUAAUUUAUCAUUGUAAUGUUUUUCUUUCAAACUUAUUUCCUUGUUGUGAAAAUGCUCAGUCAUGGUAACAAAAGAAUAUAUUGUCAUUUAAAAAAAAUUUUUUUUUAAAGUGUACAGACAGUAUGAUGCAAUGUUCUGCUCUGUUUUUACCAGUUUUGAGGUUUCAAUUUUAAAUUUAAAAAUAAAUUUCAAUUCGAAUUGUGUGUUGUGCUGAAUUAAACCAGGGUUUUUCUGAGACAUUUUAGUAGUGAAACUGUUCGUCAUUAAAAUUCACUUAG